UCGUUGAGAGCAGUCGCAAAAUUAAAGUUGAAAAAAAAAAUUUGAUUUUUUUUGGUGAACUGAUUUAAAUUCCCAGCUCAAGACCACAAGAACCUGAAGUGUUAAAAUCAUCUGAACCCUUUUGCAACUAUAAUGUGCGAUCCGUGUUGUGGACCAUGUGGUCCUUGCGGACCCUGUGGACCAUGCGGACCUUGCGGACCCUGUGGACCCAGCGGACCUUGUGGCCCAUGUAGUCCGUGUGACCCACCAUGCUAUGAACCUCGCAAUCUUUCUGCUGGUCAAUUGGCCUGUAUGGCCCAGUGCCCGACUGGUUGCCCUCCGCCGACCUGUGGACCACGGUUCGUAACCGUUCAGCAACCUCCGCGGAUAGUUGCCCAAAAGAAGGUUAUUAACUGUAGCCGAACUGUUAUCGACAAGCACGUCCUGCCCCAAACGAAGGCUAUAGUGGAACCUAAGCUCGUAUACCAACCGAAGACCAUCAUAGAACCGUGCGUCAUUUUCAAGAAACGAGUCGUUCCCGAACCAAAAGUCAUCUACUACAGUCGGGUCGUUCCCGAUCCGAAGGUUGUCUGCACUCCGCGAGUGGUCGUCGAACCGAAGGAAUACUGCACCACCAUGGUAUGUCAACCGAAACCGCAAAUUGUUCCAGUUCCCGCUGCCAGAGAGUACUGCUGCAUGUCUACAGGAACUACCUUCUUUAACAAUCAAUGCUGUCCACCCACGCCGGGUCCAAUAUGUCCACCGAGAAAGUGCUAGUACAUGCAACAGUGACAGGUUCGAAAGAUCCCUUAAGACGUAUAAGAUCGGCGAUAAGAAAUCCCACACCAAGGCCAAAAAUAGCCAAGACCAACUAUUACUGCCCAUCACCGUACAGAUGCUGCCAAUCGGUUUGGAAAGCACCGCGCCCUUGC